UACUACUAUUCUUCGUCUUCUUCUCUCUAAAGACUUUCACCGUUUCUUUUUCGUUUUCUCGGGAAGAUAAUGUUUUUCUCCUCUUACUUCACACUUGUAUAAACAACACUCUUCUUCUCGUCUAGAUCUACUUGGAAACUGAACCAUCGAAAAGUCUCCGGCAAGCAAGAUGAUUCUCAUCUUCUAAAGUCCUUGUAAUCUCUGUAAUCCGAAUCCGCAGAUGAAUCACUUGAGAGUCGAAACAGAGGAUACCUUCGCAAGCCUCCUUGAACUUGCAGCAAACAACGAUGUAGAAGGUGUAAAGUUAUCUAUAGACAGAGACCCUUCUUGUGUAGACGAGCCUGGUCUCUGGUACGGUCGUCAAAAAGGCUCUAAAUCUAUGGUCAACGAUCUCAGGACUCCGUUGAUGGUUGCUGCUACUUACGGAAGCAUCGAUGUGAUCAAAGUUAUUCUCCCUUUGACUAACGUGAACAGAGCUUGUGGCAAUGAUAAGACCACCGCGCUACACUGCGCUGCCUCUGGUGGAGCUGUGAAUGCUGUACAAGUGGUUAAGCUGCUUCUCUCAGCUGGAGCUGAUUUGGAUGCUUUGGAUGGUGUUGGUCAACGAGCUGGUGAUGUUAUCGUUGUCCCUCAUAGGCUUGAAGGUGUGAAGCUUAUGCUUCAGGAGCUUCUUCUGUCUCAUUCUCCUAUUGAGUUCAAGAAUGUUGAUCCGUCUUUCCCUGAUAUCAAGAACAGUAUCUACGCUACGGAUGAGUUUAGAAUGUAUUCGUUUAAAGUCAGGCCUUGCUCUCGUGCCUACUCUCAUGAUUGGACUGAGUGUCCUUUUGUUCACCCUGGAGAAAACGCGAGGAGGAGAGACCCGAGGAAGUAUCAUUACAGCUGUGUUCCGUGUCCUGAUUUCAAGAAAGGAGCUUGUUUUUGUACACGAGGGGACAUGUGUGAGUACGCGCACGGUGUGUUUGAAUCCUGGCUUCACCCUGCUCAGUACCGUACGCGUCUUUGCAAAGAUGGAACUGGUUGUGCUCGUCGUGUUUGUUUCUUUGCGCAUACGCCUGAUGAGCUUCGACCUUUGUACUCAGCUGCUCCUUCUCCUCGGUCUAAUGCUGGUUCGCCUUCAUCAUCUGUGUCUCCUUUCUCACCUUCUUGGCAGCAACCGAAUGUUCCUGCUUUGCAUUUACCUGGAAGCAAUGUACAGUCAAGCAGGCUAAGAUCUUCUCUCAGUGCUAGAGAUGAGUUCAAUAUGUUGUCGGAUUUCGAGCAGGAGCAGCUCCUCAACGAGUUUUCAAACUCAUUAAGUUGGUCUGGUAGGAUGAAGUCAUUGCCUCAUUCGAAUCUUGAUGAUCUUUUCUCAGCGGAAGGCUCUUCUUCUUCUCCUAGGUUUGCUGACUCAGCUGUUUUCUCGCCGACAUAUAAGUCAGCUGUCUUUAACCAUUUCCAACAGCAGCAGCAACGGCAGCAAGAGAGCAUGUUGUCUUCACCAAAGAGCAUGGAUCACUCUUUGUUUUCUCCUCGGAAUGUGGUUGAGCCUAAUUCACCAAUGAGUGCACGUGUUUCCAUGUUGGCUCAGCAGCAGCAACAGCGACAUCAGUUCCGUAGCCUAAGCUCCAGGGAGCUUAGAACAAACAUAAGUUCUGUUGUUGGUUCACCGGUUAAUAACAACAACAACAGCAACUCGUGGUGGGGUUCUUCAAAUGGUGAACCGGAUUGGGGAAUGAGCUCAGAGGAGGCACUUGGUAAGUUAAGAUCAUCUUCAUCGUUUGAUGGUGAUGAGCCUGAUGUGUCAUGGGUUCAGUCAUUAGUGAAGGAGACUCCAAAUGAGGCUAAAGAGGAAGCAGAGAACUCUACAUUUACUGGCCAAAACUUGAAGAAGACAACAACGGUUGAAGCAGUAACAGACCAUGCUGGGCUUGAAGCUUGGAUUAAGCAAAUGCAGCUCGAUCAGCUCGUAGCUCAGCAUAACUGAGAAGCUAAGACCAAUGAAGCACAUUUUUUAAUGGUCUUGGUCUUUCGCUUUGUGGUAGAUAUAAAAACCUCUUUUCACAGGUGGUGGUGGUAGAAGGGUAACAAGGAAGAAAAGAGGUUGAAGUUUUUAUUGUUUUUGAUUUAUUAGUUUUCAUCUAAGUUAAAGGGAACAAAACAAGAAAAAAGGCUUUAUGGGAAGAGAGGAGAAGAAUUUCUCUUAUUUUCAAUUUUCUUUUUUAGAAUUUCUUUCUCCCAUUAUCAUGAUACUUGUUUAUAUUAUUAUCAUUAUUGUAUGAUUAUUUGUCUUCUUUUGUUAUGUUGGAGACCUUAAUUUAAAUUCCAGAACCUUUAAUCUUUC